ACAAUACACCCGCUCUUUAAUCGAAGCAAGAGGUCCGUUCAAUGCAACUUUUAAACUAAAUAUUCCACUUCUGCCUGAUAAAAAACAUUGACUUUUGGGUAAUAAGUUCUUGCACCAAUCACAGAAGAUUUCAAUUCACUGCACCUGGCGGGCCAAGGCCCAACAGGUGAACUGCUGCUUAAUGCAAACAUCAAAACACAUUGGGCUCUUAAACUCUCUUCUUUCUUGUUUUUUCCUGUGGUAAAUCUCCUCAACCGGGUAAAUGGAGUCGUUUGUAAAAGUUUACGAGCCAUUCCCUCCACCUUACUUUUUACCAGAUGAAACGCGAUCAGGGCAAGAUGUGAGGAUCUACCACGUCCAUUCUCCUUUCAGCCCUCUACCGUCUCCUCCGUCUUUCUCCUUUUCUCCGGGAGAUGGUUCCUCCACUCAAACCCACCUGCCUCUGUCAGUGUCGGCUCCCCCUCCAUCUACCCCCGGGCCGAAGUUUGUGAGCUUCGAGACCAAACUGUAUCGCUCUCCAGCCCUGACGACGUGCCUUACCUGUCGGACGCAGGUCACCACAGAGGUCACCUACAAAGUCGGCACGCACGCGUGGCUCAUGUGUCUGGUGUUUGUGUUGUGCGGGUUGGUGCUCGGAUGCUGCCUGAUUCCCUUCUUUGUGAAACACUUCAGGGACGCUUAUCACACCUGUCCCCGCUGUCGACGGGUUCUCCACAUACACAGGAAAACGUGCUGUGACUGAGCACUCGCAGGCUUUUACCAACAGUUUGAGUUGGGGGGGGUGUCUGCCAUACCUGUAUCAAAGUCAACCAUGAUACUUUAGACGAUGGAUUUAUAUGUUUAAAUAUGUAACGUAUACAAGGAUGCGUAUUUUCCUUACAUUUUUAACGCCGACUUUUUUUAACUAAUGUUUUGUAACAAAAUGCUAUCAAAUAAAUGUUUUUCUGUGCCAAUCCCUUGUGUUUUUUGUGUCUUAUUAAAAAAUGAGCGCACUGGAUGAAAAAACAAAAACAAACUUGGACUCAAGAUUCCCUUACUGGCUUUAUCCCCUCCGCUGAUGAAGACCAUGGGAUACAGUUGAAUGCAGUGGGGAAAAAAGCUUGUAAGUGGACCCUGAAAUGGAAUAGUUGAUGGAGUGGACGCUGAUUCAGGACGACGGAAACCGUGGAUGUCUCAAGCAGAAGAGUUUAUUAUAAGAGCUCAAUAUUGAGGAGACUUCCGGUUCGCUACGCCGAUCCACAGGUUCACAGUGUUCUUCAGGGGGUCAACGAUCUGUUGGCUCUUCAGUGCUCAUUGCACACAUACUGAUUCCUCUCCUGGUCAUCAAAUUAGCCUGCGGGAAUGCUGUGUGUGGUUAACGUGCCCUCGCUGAUGACACAAGAGGAUUAUAGGUGAAGGUUUGUUUUUAGAUCUUUGAGCCUCAGAGUAAUGAGCAUGUGAGCCGCGGCAAAACCCCUCAGCCAUUAGACGUCGUCGGGAUGCCGGCUGUUCCGUUGUAGAUGAGCACUGUUGGAUCCCAGCAGCACACCAGCUGCCUGCUGACCCCUGCAUGGCCAAGGAUGCAUCAGAGUAUCUCACCAGCUUCGGUAAAUCAGUGUCCUCCUUCGUGCCCUCGUCUUUUUUCUUCCAGAACUUUGGCUGCAAAGCGGAAUUCCUGUCCUACCUGGUACUGUGUGUCGCCAAAAUGCCGUUCAUACCACCUGUGUCCAUUCCGCGCUCGGUGUCGGGACUGACGGGGAAGGAGAGAUCCGCCAACAGCUCUCCGUCGUCGACGCCUGUGGCCAAGGCGAGGGACCCAAGAGAAGACAGAGGCAGCUCGGUGAAGGAGCGACUGACUUCCAACCUCAAACAGCUGGCGAAGAAGAGCCGACCCAGGAGUCGUCUGCCGACGGCAGCCAAGGGUGCGGCGGGAGCCGAGCUGCAUGCAAAGAGAAGGGACAGACCGGUGUCCUCGUCGCAAGCGGACCGUUGCCCUGCCUCCAGCUCGGGUGAGUCCCCGUCUAAGACGCGGCGGCAGACGCAUGUGAGCCAGAGCUCUGUGAGGAGAGAACCAGAGGUGAAGAGGAGGUCCAGGCACGAGGAGGAGGCCCGCUUCACACUGACGCUCACGCCCGAGGCUGUCGUGCUGCUGCAGCGGAGGAACGGUGAGCGACACCAACGUUCAGCAGCCAGAAACGCCGAAGGAGCCUCUGGGGCCUCGGGGCCCUCUGGUGCUGGCGUCUGCGGAGGCGCCGCGGAUUCCGGACGGCGGCGGGAAAACAUCCCUAAAAGGCAUCAACCGGCCACGCAGAGACACAGCACCGCCCACUGCGGGGUGGCUGUGAAAAGCACCGGCGAGGCCGAACUGGGAGACAUCACCUCAGUUGUGAAGAUCUCCCUCCUGAACGAGCGGCACAAGUAUGACGAUGUGGAGUACGAGGAGGAGGGAGAGUUCGUGGAUGAGCGCGUGGUGCUGAAAUGCACCGAGUGGCUGCGCGGGCUGGAAAACACGCCGGUGACGGCGGGGAACAGCCUGAGCAAGAGUGCGAGCAGUGUGAAGAGUUUCUAAAAGUGAUAUGACAUGUUCUGUUUGUACUGAGGUCCAACCUGAGAAAGAAACGCAGCUUCCGUCUCUGUGUUUGUCGGAUUCUGGUAGAUGUUCUGAUGAUUGUUUUUCAGUUGAUCGCGAGUAUUGGAUAUAUUCUGCUUAUUGAUCACCUGUAGAUUUUUUUUUUUUACAUUUGUUUUAAACUCAAGCAUUGCAGCCUUUAUUCCACUGCAGAGUCAUGCGGCUCAGAGUAACCAGUAAAAAUAUCUUCAAUGUGAUUCUGAGGGAACAUUUAUCCUACACUGAUCCAUACUAGGGCUGCACGGUGGCGUAGUGGUUGGCACUUUCGCCUCACAGCAAGAAGGUUCUGGGUUCGAAUCCCGGUUCAGGCCUUGUGUGGAGUUUGCACGU